AUGUCGUCCGACACCCCGCAGAACGAACAGCACGGCAAGACUUGGGAGAAGGCUGAGCGCAAAUUUACACAGUAUGUCCGUUUUAUUCCCUUGGUUUCCAAGAGAAAGCAGUGGCUUCUCCAUUCGCUCGGAUGGACACAUGAUGAAGCCCGCAGCUGUCAGCCCUGCGACACCGUCAGGAAUGAACAACAGCGCUCCACCCCCUCCUCGGCUGCCCUGUGUCUUGCACACCUCACUCACAAAUUCACUUCUACUUUGGAGAAAGUACGACUAAUCCAAGUCCCUAGCAAACCCGCCAGCGAGUACUAUGAUCCUUGUCAGGACUUUGCGGAUCGCAGUCUGAAGUGUAUGAAACGUAAUAACUUUGAUCGGGAGAUGUGUGGUGACUACUUCCAGGCGUACCGUGACUGCAAGAAAAACUGGGUGAGUAUUGCUCUGAUGAAGAUAUUUCUUGGAUUAAAGACAGCAACAAAGCUCAUCCUCUUGCCGAAGCCUUCCUCGGAAAUCGAUGGCUAA